CGGAAGCCCUUCGCUGCAUCCACUCGACACCAUGCCAGUGCCGCCCUUCCGUCCCCGCCCACAUACCUUUGGAAUCCUGGAGGAGGGUCCGCCUUGAGCUGUUUGCGGCGCAUUGGGACUGCGCGCUGCCACCUGCCCACCUAGCCAUGGACACCGCCGAAGCUCUGAGCGCUGCCGCGAACGGCUCCACCACCGCUCUUUCGAACGCCACGAGUGCUAUCAACGCCUCGGUGGCUGCUCUGGAGGCUGCGGAAACAGCAUCGCCGUCUACAUUCGGCCUGCUUGCGCGCGUUAUUCUGACUGUUCUGAAAGUGCUGCCCGGCACGCUGUACUGGAUCAUUACAUUUACCACUAUCACGCUGCCAACAUGGCUCUUCACGCUCUUCUCAAUGAGUCUAACCUUCACUAUGAAUUUUACAACCCUAAUGCUAAUUGUCAUCUUCAUCGUCUCCACCGUCAGCUACCUUGUGAGGUACCGCUUCAUGACCCUAUACACCAGACUGCCGCCGGAGCCCCAACGCGACGAGCCCCAGGUCGAAGUCUUCCCAGACAACCAAGAAGGCGAUUCCAAGCGAGGGCUGUCGAACUACCUCGAUGAAUUUCUUAGCGCAAUAAAGGUGUUCGGGUACCUCGAGCGCCCGGUUUUCCAUGAACUCACGCGGACGAUGCAGACGCGGAAGCUGAUCGCUGGUGAGACAAUUCUUCUGGAGGAAGAGAAGGGAUUCUGCUUGGUAGUCGACGGCUUAGUCCAAAUCUUCGUCAAAUCCAAUCGAGAGGGCUCUGACUCCGACGAUGAGGAUGGCAUGUCGCGAGAUUCCUCGGGGGAUAAUGGCCCACGCCGAGGGCACAGCCAGGGCUACCAGCUGCUCACCGAGGUCAAGAAUGGAGCGCCAAUGUCGUCACUCUUUUCUAUUCUCUCUCUAUUCACCGAAGAUGUGAAGCUUCGCCACGAGGAAUAUGAGGAUGGACGCCCCAUCUCAAGUGGCCCAGAUACGCCGCAGGACAGACAGAUGCAACCAUCCGUUAGUCGGACCAGCAGCUACGGUCAUGGGCUGGAUGACUCCCGCCCCCAGACUCCGGGAGAAGUACCUGGGACCCCUCCCCGUGGGCUGAGUGACCGCAGGACAUCUAGUCUCGCUAGCCCUACAGCGGGAGGACGACUGCCUAGCGUUCCGCCGUUGACAUUGGACAUGAACGGCACUCAGGGGCAUCCCCGCGGCUCGAAGAGCCGAUCACGGAGGUCCCAAUCUCGCUCAAAACCCAAGUCUGCUCAUCCAGAUAUUGUCGCAAGAGCGACGGUUGAUACCACCAUCGCUAUAAUUCCCGCCACCGCCUUUCGUCGCUUGACGCGUGUCUAUCCGAGGGCAACUGCACAUAUUGUGCAGGUGAUCCUGACCCGGUUGCAGCGUGUCACUCUUGCUACUGGUCAUGCCUACCUCGGCCUCACGAGCGAGGUUUUGCGCACGGAGAAGCUUAUGAACAAGUACACGACAUAUGACUUGCCGGGAUUUCUGCGCGAUUCGGCCUUGCAAAGACUAAAGGACAAGUUUGCAAACGAAACAGAGCGAAUCGGGCCAGAAGAGGGCAUGAAAGGGAUUGCGCUACACAACCCAGGGGCCGGACGACAUCGAAGGUCCAGCGCAUCGCUCAGGAAAGGCGCCGCUGCGCACGCUCGACUUGCUGCAGCGCGGGGAUCUUCCGAAGUGAACAGUGAAACACUCGCUAGGAUGGCGUCUCCUGACCGUUCUGGCGUGAACGAACGAGUCAGUGCGGGUGACCUGUUGACCAACACAAAUGGGCCUCGCUUUGGCGGCCGAUCAGGGCGCUACAGCUUCUCUCAACCGGUCAACCAGGAGUCCCGUCGUGAUACUCGGACUCCACUUGACGCCGGAACUUUCAAUCCUUUCGCUUCGCCCCUAACGCGACCUAUUGCCCUGCAUCGCCAGGAAUCUGUAGAUGAGGCCACCGUCUUCAGAGAGUCUGUCCUGGAUUGCAUGUUCAAGGCUAUCGGUUUAACCGAUUUGGAGAACGCUGUUCCCAAAACAACGUCAGUCGAACAGUCUCCACGAUUGGUCUCAUUCGACGCCAAGCGGCAGAAAGCGAUCUUCAGUAAUGCAUUCGGCUUCAUGGACCCAUAUGAAGCGUCCCGUGACGGGGACACUGAGUCCAUGAUAUCAGCAUCGGGAUUGUCUACCAUGAGCGGUGCGGGCAACCACAAUAUCCUUGAAGAGAUCGUCAACGAUGUCGAGAUUGUUUACUUUCCGAAAGGCGCUGUCCUUGUGGAGCAGGGUGAGAGAAAUCCUGGGUUGUACUACGUGAUCGACGGUUUCUUGGAUGUCGGUGUGCCCAUUGAGGAGGAUAGUUCAGAGCCAAACGUCCUUGGCACGCUUCCCACAAUGCCCGGUACUACUGAUGCUGAGCUAUUCGGCGGUCCACCACUGAAACACACAUCCACGAGCGCCUCAUUCUACCAGACGUCUGAAGGCGGCAAAAAGAAGAGGUCUCGAAAAACCCUCUUUCUAACUAAACCCGGAGGACUAGCGGGUUACCUUGGGACAGUAUCCUCAUACCGAUCUUUCGUAGAUGUCACCGCAAAGACCGACGUUUAUGUGGGAUUCCUCCCCCGCGCUUCUAUCGAAAGAAUUGUAGAUCGAUAUCCGGUUGUACUCUUAACCAUGGCAAAACGGCUGACAACUCUCCUUCCCCGGUUGAUCCUACAUAUCGAUUUCGCGCUCGAGUGGGUACAAGUCAAUUCCGGGCAGGUAAUCUAUAAUCAAGGAGACGAAAGCGACGCCAUAUACAUCGUACUCAACGGCCGUCUGCGAGCCAUCCAGGAGCGUGAGAACAACAGAAUGAAGGUUAUUGGCGAAUAUGGUCAAGGUGACAGCGUCGGGGAACUCGAGGUCCUCACCGAAUCGACACGCCCUGGUUCAUUACAUGCUAUUCGUGAUACGGAGCUGGCCAAGUUCCCAAAGACUCUCUUCAAUAGCCUUGCGCUUGAGCAUCCCGGUAUAACCAUCAAGAUAUCGAAGAUCAUCGCUUCCAGAAUGCGAUCGCUAACGGAUGACCCGCUUCACGAGCAAGCAAAGGAGCGGAGCGCCAAAGUCGGCCGCAGCAACGUCUCUUCUACGGUCAAUCUACGAACCGUCACGAUCCUCCCAGUCACUGCCGGUAUUCCUGUUGUCGAGUUCGCAAGCCGGCUAAUGAAUGCGCUAAGUCAAAUUGGCACUCCGAGUGGCGUCGUGUCUCUCAAUCAAGCAGCUAUUCUCAAUCAUUUGGGACGUCACGCCUUCAACCGCAUGGGGAAGCUUAAGCUGUCUCAAUAUCUUGCCGACCUGGAGGAAAGGUACGGCUUAGUGCUUUAUGUUGCUGAUACUCCAGUCAAAUCGCCGUGGACACAAACAUGCAUCAGCCAAGCUGACUGCAUCCUGCUCGUUGGGCUGGCUGAGGGUUCGCCAAAUAUUGGAGAGUACGAGCGCUUCCUCCUCACCACCAAAACCACAGCUCGCAAAGAGCUAGUGCUGUUGCAUUCAGAGAGAUACUGUCAGUCGGGGUUAACCCGGAAAUGGCUGCGCAAUCGCCCGUGGGUCAAUGGCAGCCAUCAUCAUAUCCAGAUGUCGUUCCGCACAACGCCAGAGCCGGUACAUCCAGCAGGGCGCCGUUUCGGGACAGCCAUCAAGCAGCGUGUUCAGGUUCUACAGGCUGAAAUCCAGAAAUAUACGUCCCGUAAGGUCCGACAGAGGCCUCUCUACUCCGCGGAAACGCCCUUUAAGGGUGACUUCCACCGGCUGGCACGACGUCUAUGCGGCAAGUCUGUUGGGCUGGUUUUAGGUGGUGGCGGUGCUCGUGGCUUAGCGUCGAUUGGCAUUAUACGUGCCCUAGAGGAAGCUGGUGUUCCUAUCGACAUUGUGGGCGGAACAUCGAUUGGGGCCUUUAUCGGCGCGCUAUAUGCGUGGGAUGCAGACGUCGUACCCAUGUACGGCAGGGCUAAGAAGUUCGCUGGUCGUAUGGGCAGCAUGUGGAGGUUUGCUCUUGACCUCACAUAUCCAUCUGCCUCAUACACGACCGGUCAUGAGUUCAACCGCGGCAUCUUCAAGACAUUCGGCAACUCGCAAAUAGAGGACUUCUGGCUCGAAUUCUAUUGCAACACGACCAACAUCAGCAAGAGCAGAGUGGAGAUUCACACUAGCGGCUACGUCUGGCGGUACGUGCGGGCCUCUAUGUCCCUCGCUGGCCUCCUUCCUCCACUCUGCGACAACGGCAGUAUGCUCCUAGACGGCGGCUACAUCGACAACCUCACCGUAACCCACAUGAAGUCCCUAGGCGCCGACGCAAUCUUCGCCGUCGACGUCGGUAGUCUUGAUGACACCACGCCGCAAUCUUUCGGCGACUCACUCUCGGGAUUCUGGGCCAUCCUCAACCGCUGGAACCCUUUCUCUUCCUACCCCAACCCCCCGACGCUCUCCGAAAUCCAGUCCCGCCUCGCCUACGUAUCGAGCUACGACGCGCUGGAGCGGGCUAAGAACACGCCUGGCUGUAGGUAUAUGCGGCCGCCCAUUGAUCCUUACGGGACCCUGGAUUUUGCCAAGUUUGACGAGAUUUACCAGGUGGGGUAUAAAUAUGGGAAGGAGUACUUGGGCCAGUUGAGGGAGCAGGGUGUGUUGCCUGUUACGGAGGAGACAGAGAAGGAGAAGAACCUGAGGAGGACGAUGGCGCCUAGACGGGCGAGUAUUUAGAGGUGAGGGGUUAGAUAGCGUGGAGCCUCGAGCGAGUCCGGUCUGUGCCUCCAGGAGACUAUUGGGAGAGAGGGGUAGAGGGGUAGAGUGCAGCGGAAUCGAUCCUUUUUCACCUGCGGCUGGAUUUUGUAGCCACAAGCGGUGCAUGAGCUAUUACGCGAACGCUACCCGAGGGUGAAUGGAGACAAGUGUGGCUAGAGGAAGAGAGUGCG